AGGAUGCUGGAAAGUGUCCGAGUUUCCUGCAGCUGUGUGUCCGCCAUAGACUGCAGGCCCUUCAGACACACACACGCAGUCUGCCCGCUCGUCUCCGCCGCUUUGAGACGCACUUCAUCCCGGAGGGUCUGAUCUGAACACCGGGGAAAUUGCUGGAGCUUCAUCGUGGAGCUGGUCUCGGUUUAUGGCCUGGGGUCUUCUAAAGGAAAAGACGAGUCUGACAGAGGAGAAGAAGAAGAAGAGGAAUCCGAUAGAGAAGAAGAAGAAGAGUCUUACACAGGAGGAAUGGAAGAAGAGGAGGACUGUGAGCCACUGUGUGUGGAUCCAUCUGAGCAGGACAAACGGUUCACCUUGGACAGGUCGCCAGUCUGUGGCAGGGUUUCUAACACUGGGUCCUGGGUUCCUCCUGGUGAACGUCAGUGCCCGGCCUUAGGUAGUGAGAGCAUGCAGGCAUUUCCUGGAGGAUGAAGGAAUUGAUACGACUGACUGGCUCCAACGCUCACCUGACAGAAUCCAACAGAGCACAUCUGGGACGUUAUGUUUUGUUUAUGUUUAUGUUGCACCUCAGACUGUGCAGGUGCUGAUGCCAUGGGCUAGAUCUUGCAGGAGUUCCCCCAGGACACCGUCCAUUAUCUCAUUAGGAGCCUGCCCCGACACUGUCAACCAUGCAUACAAGCACGUGUGGGCUGUACCAACUGCUGAGUACCAUUCUGCAUUGUCAGCAAAAUGGACCAGCCUUCCACAUCAUUGUUUCACUUUGAUUUUCAGGGUGUCUUUGAAUUUAGUCCUUUGUAGGUUGAUCAUUUUUAUUUCUAUCAAAUAAUGUGGCAUCCUUUCAUUCUUAGCACAUUACCCAGUCCCUGUCAGUGUCGAUAUUUCCCUUCGAUAUCUGAUCUGUUUAUUUAUCUGAGAACUCCUAACACAACAGCAGAUUCUUGAAUUUAUUUAAACUUCAAUUUUUAAAACUUAAAGACUUUGUAGUGUAAGUUUACUCCAUCUCUGCAUUUCACUGACUGCCUGCUUUUUGUUUUGGGUUACUGCAGGAGGAAAAAGAUGAAGAUGGAUCAAAACCUGACUCCUGUCAGGAAGCUGACAAGUCCUUCACAGCAACCGGAAGUGGAGAUAAAUCUCACAGAUGUGACGUGUGUGGAAAGACUUUUGCUCGGAUCGGGCAUUUUAAAACACAUCAGCUGAUCCACACAGGAGUUAAGCAGUUCAUAUGUGAGCAGUGUGGAAAGUCUUUCACUCGGAUGGGUCAGUUAAAAGCACAUCAGGUGAUCCACACUGGAAUUAAACUGUUCAGCUGCGACCUGUGUGACAAGUCUUUUUAUCGAAUGGACAACUUAAAAGCGCACCGACUCCUCCACAGUGGGCUGAAACCAUACAAGUGUGAUGAGUGUGGGAAGAAUUUUCCCACCACAAAACAUCUCAGGACCCACAAAUACAUCCACACGGAAGUUAGGCCAUUCAGCUGUGAUCAGUGUGGAAAGGCUUUUAAAUUCAUGGGGGAGCUAAAAAGACACCACCUCAUCCACACGGGGGUUAAAGCAUUCAGCUGUGAUCAGUGUGGGAAGGCCUUUACCCGGAUGGGCGAGUUAAAAGCUCAUAAACUGAUCCACACUGGAGUCAAACUCUUCAGAUGUGACCUGUGUGGAAAGUCUUUUAUCCGGUUGGAUCACUUAAAAACUCAUCAGCUGAUCCACACUGGAGUUAAGCUGUUCAGCUGUGACUUGUGUGGGAAGUCUUUUACUCGAAUGGACAACUUAAAGACACAUCAGCUCACCCACAGCGGACUUAAACCCUACAGGUGUGAUCAGUGUGGGAAGGAUUUCACUUGUAAGGGGAACCUGGUUACCCAUCAGCGCACCCACUCUGGAAGUAAACCAUAUAACUGUGACUUCUGUGGAAAAGCUUUCAGCCUGCAAAAGACUCUAAGAACACACCAACGCAUGCACACCGGGGAGGACGUGUACUGCUGUGAGCAAUGUGGGAAACCUUUCGUGCAGUACUCCCACUUAAAAGCCCACGAAAUUACCCAUACUGGAGAUAGACCACACCGCUGUGAUGAGUGUGGGAAAGCCUACAGACGCAUUAGUGAUCUGAGAGUCCACCAGAGAAACCACACUGGGGAGAGACCAUACAAGUGUGACCAGUGUGAAAAGACGUUUAAGUCUUCGGAUGUCCUAAAACGACACCAACAGAUCCACACCAGGGAGAGGCCGUUCAAGUGCAGUCAGUGUGAGAGCGGUGACGGUGGACCCAGUGCUGAGCCCUGUCAGCACUACACCAUCGUUAAACCGUACCAGUGUGACCAGUGUGGAAAACCCUUCAGCAGCCAAAGAACUCUACAAAGACACCAGCGUAUGCACACUGGACACAAACUGAACUACUGCAAAGAAUGUGGCAGAGGCUUUCCCACACCGAGUGCAUUAAAACGCCACGAACUUCUCCACAGGACUAAAAAGCACGUCUGUGACCAGUGUGGGACGUCAUUCACGUCUGCCAAAGGCCUGCGACAACAUAAACUAACCCACGUUGAGGAAAGCAUUCAUAUCCAGACGCUGGAAGAAAAGCUUCUCGUACUCACAUCAUCGUACACAUCGUGAACACAGCUGUGCUGAAGACACCCGUGAUCACAGCGUGGGAAGAGUUUCAUAAUCACUAAUGCACUGCUUCACCGCGUGCAACAAUAUUCACUUCACAGGGCUCUAGACUAACUUUUUGCCAUGGUUGCUCUGGUGCGCCUAACUUUUUUUCUUAGGUGCACCAGCACAAAAGUUAGGCGCACCCAAAUUUUUCAACCACAUUGCUUAAAACUGCAGUUUUACGUGUGCACUUUUUUGGGGGGAAAAUUGCUGUCCAUACAGACAAUAUUAAUUUGUAAAUGAUUAACUAACAAUCUUGGCAACACAAAGUUCUUUAUUUGGAGCACAGUUCUACUAGAAAGAUGAGUUACUGAAAAACUGCUGGUGCUUAAAGUGCUGUGGCACUCUUUGGUAAUAUUGUAGACAAUGUUAAACUUAAUCAUCACAACGGCCUCCUCUGACGACCUGUUUGCUGCUGCCUGCCGCUGAAAGGCAGUGGGGAGAGGGCGACUUGGGCAGUGCAUUUAUCACCACAUAUAAUGUGUUUUCUGGAUACACUGUGCUUUUUCAGAAAGCCGAGAAAGAGAAAGCUGAUUCUGAUGCGUUUGGUCCGCGCUCUGUGUUUACAUCUUUGUGUGGAAUCCAUUUACCUGCUCUCAUUUGCUGUUUGGUGGUUGUUGAAAUAGUUUUGUGAGCUUUAACCUGAUAUUCUGACGUUUCUGGCAAAAUAUAUUUAUAUUUAAAAGUCGAUUCAGGAUUUAAUAAUUCGAUAUUGCUUUAUUCAAGCUACUCACCUCUCUCUAUCUGCCUGCACUUUCAAAUGUACACACGAAGUAUUACAGGAAUACCUGGACCACGGCCAAUCAGAGACGUCCUGCCCCUGACUAUCUCUGAUUGGUUUAGACCACGAUAGGGGCAUAAUGUGUGUCGUUGAGCACAUGGAGACUUUCAGAGUUGGGGAGAUUUUUUUUUUUUUUUAAAUUUUACUCGAAAAGUUGGUUGCACUGGUGCGAACUAGGAUUUUAUUUUAUUUUUUUGUUGCACCAUUGAAAAAUUUGGUCGCAUUUGCAACCAAAUUUGUCGCACUCUAGAGCCCUGCUUCAUUAUCUUCUCUAUGCAAACAUCAGCAUGAUUGUGCAGAGCAGAAGAUCAUUUCCAAUCAUCUGUGAGAACACAGGACGACACACAGUGCAGCUGAAACAGCAGGAAGACCUUGUCUGGUUCCCCAAACAAAACAGGGAUCAGGUUUCACAGAAUUUGUUUCAGACAAACAAAUCUGCUCCGCGAUCUGAUGAAGCUGCUU